AUUAGUGAUUGAGAAAGCUGUGAAUUAUGAUGACAAGCAUAAUUUCGCGAGAACUAAUCAAACCAGCAUCUCCGACCCCUUUUCAUCUCCGUGACUAUAAUCUUUCGCCGCUUGAUCAACUUGCCCCAGAAAUGAAUGUGCCGGUAGUGUUUUUCUACCCAGAUAUUGGAAACUGCACCCUUGAGAAAACCAUGGUGUUAAAGAAAUCUUUGUCACAAAGCCUAACACAAUACUAUCCUUGUGCCGGUAGGUUACACUCACCCAAAUCAGCUUCUGUUAAUUGUAACGACAAGGGAGUUUUAUUUGUUGAAGCCAAAAACGAGGCCCAAAUGGAUACAUUCCAUGAUAGUGAAAAUAUUGACACAUUGUACCAACUUUUUCCUGAUGAUUUAGUGUACUCCAACUGCUCAAGUCUUGUUGGGGUCCAACUGAAUCAUUUUGCGUGUGGUGGAAUAGGUUUGGCGGUUUCUAUGUCACACCUUAUAGGUGAUGGUCAUACUCUAGGCUCUUUUGUUUCUCAUUGGGCGUCUGUGGCCCGUUAUGGCUCCCUUGACCAUAAAGAGGUGUUGCCAUUUAAUCCUCAUUUUAUUCAUACCCAAUUGACCAAUUCUAUGCGGCCAGAAUACAAAGUCAUUAAUCAAAAGUGUGUGAAUCCUGUCACAAAGAAAUUCUUGUUUCCUAACUCCAAAUUAAGUGACCUUAGGAACAAGGUCAUUUCCUCUGUAAAAAAUCCUACACGGGUCGAAGUAUUGAGUUCUCUACUUUAUAAAACAGCAAUGGCAGCAGCCACACAAAAAUCUGGUUCACUCAAGCCAUCUUAUUUGUACUUUCCAGUGGAUAUAAGAAACAAAUUUAUCCAAAAAUUUUCCCAAACUUCUAUGGGAAAUUUCGUGUCAGUUAUGAUUAUAUCGACCAUGAAUACAAGUGAAACAUCGUUAGACAUGUUGGUUUCCGAAAUAAGGAAAAAAAGGUUGCUACUUGAAAGAUUCCAAAGUGUGCAACAAGCAGCUGAAAACAGGAUAGAGAUAUUGUUGUCGAAAUUGGGAGAUGCAGAAUCUGCCAAGACAUCAUAUUGGUGUCUGAGCUUAUGCGGGUUCCCUUCAAACCAUGUCGAUUUCGGAUGGGGGAAGCCCAUGGAUACAACUUCUGCACUCAAGGAAGCAAAUAUGAGUGGUUUCCUUCUGACGGAUGCGCCAUAUGGUGCAGGCAUUGAAGCUUUGGUGAUUUUGGAGAAAGAAAUCAUGGCGAUAUUUGAGAAUGAUAAGGAGAUGCUUUCAUUUUGCCAAAUUAACUAAAUUUACUUCAAUUUUCCAUUCUACUAGUAACUAGUAGCUUUGUUGUUUAAUGUAUAUGAAAUUAUACAUAUGAUGAAUCAGGAAUAAAUCAAAGACAUAUUGUUUGAUUUUUGGCCA